UGGGUCGGAAUGAGUGAUGGAAACAGUGGGAGUUGUGGAAAUCUCGGGAGAAGCUGUGAAAACAAUCAAGAGUUCUGGGAAUCGCGGUUGGUUUGGCCGAGCCUGGUCCGCCCCUGGCUCUGGCACAGCUGCCUGCGGUGCUGCAGCAGCCCCAGCCCCGGGUUUCCCCUGUAAAACCCACGGGAGGCUCCCGCUGGCAAUGCCGGGUCUAUGACGGGUUUAUGCCAGUUUUGUGCCAGGUUUAUACCAAGUUUGUGUCAGCUUUAUGCCAGUUUGGAUGCGGAGUCUAAACUUCUUCCGUACGUCCCUUUAAAACAUUUCUUGUUUCUCCACCUGAUUCUCCUGAUGGAAAACCAGCCAGGGUUCCUUUUCUGCUGUUCAUGCUGAGGAGUUGGUUGGAGAGGUGGUGCCUGAGAGGAGAUUCACCCGGUGAUGGUUCAAAUGUGGGAAUUGUCCCGGAUGUGGUUGCUGCUGAUGCUCCCCUGGGAACAUGCCUUGACAGGGAAUUAACACCAGUCAGUGAUGGGCUGUGGGACAAGCAAAGUGCUUCCCGAGCCCCCCAAAGAUGUGCAGCUGGACCUGGUUAAAAAAGUUGAACCCUACACAGGCCACAGUGACAUAUACAAGCACUUCAUCAGGGAUGACUGCGGGGCUGUCAUCAAGGCUGGCUCCCCCUCGCCUCCUCACCACGCCAACCCGUAUCCCGGGAAUGCCCUGCCCGCCCACCAGCCCGAGCCCCGCAAGAACAAAGUGGCCAAAUACCGCGCCAAGUUCGACCCCAGAGUGACGGCCAAGUACGACAUCAAGGCCCUGAUCGGGAGGGGCAGCUUCAGCCGCGUGGUGCGGGUGGAGCACAAGGCCACCAAGCAGCCCUACGCCAUCAAGAUGAUCGAGACCAAGUACCGGGAGGGCAGGGAGGUGUGCGAGUCGGAGCUCAGCGUCCUGCGCAGGGUCCGGCACACCAACAUCAUCCAGCUCAUCGAGGUGUUCGAGACCCAGGACCGCGUGUACAUGGUCAUGGAGCUGGCGACGGGCGGGGAGCUCUUCGACAGGAUCAUCGCCAAGGGCUCCUUCACCGAGAGGGACGCCACGCGCGUGCUGCAGAUGGUGCUGGAUGGCGUCAGGUACCUGCACACGCUGGGCAUCACCCACCGGGACCUCAAGCCGGAGAACCUGCUGUACUACCACCCGGGCACGGACUCCAAAAUCAUGAUCACGGACUUCGGGCUGGCGAGCGCUCGGAAGAAGGGGGACGACUGCCUGAUGAAAACCACGUGCGGCACCCCGGAGUACAUCGCCCCCGAGAUCCUGGUCAGGAAGCCCUACACGAACUCCGUGGACAUGUGGGCGCUGGGUGUGAUCUCGUACAUCCUGCUCAGCGGGACGAUGCCCUUCGAGGACGACAACCGCACCCGCCUGUACCGGCAGAUCCUGAAGGGAAAGUACAGCUACUCAGGCGAGCCCUGGCCCAGCGUGUCCAACCUGGCCAAGGAUUUCAUCGACCGCCUGCUCACGGUGGACCCCAGUGACAGGAUGACGGCCCUCCAGGCCCUGAAGCACCCAUGGGUGGUCAGCAUGGCAGCCUCUUCCUCCAUGAAGAACCUCCACCGUUCCAUCUCCCAAAACCUGCUCAAGAGGGCGUCUUCCCGCUGCCAGAGCACCAAAUCCGCGCAGUCCACCCGCUCCAGCCGCUCCACCAAAUCCAACAAGUCGCGGCGGGUGCGGGAGCGGGAGCUGCGGGAGCUCAACCUGCGCUACCAGCAGCAGUACACGGGCUGAGCCUUUCCAGAUGUCUGCUCUGCCGUGUAGGUGUGCGCACACGCCCCGUGAGGAACGUCCGGGUUCCUCCCUCCCUCCCUUCCUCCAAGGUGUUCCCCCCCAUCCACGAGGAAGCGUCCCCCCCGUGCGGAGGAAAGGGAGCCCUGCGAGCUGUGCCGCGCCAGGAACGGGGGGGAGCCCCUGCGGGCUCAGAGCGCAGCUCAGAGCACCGAGCAGUACAAAAAUUAAGGAGCCACGUGGGGAGAAGAGCUCUUUCCGUGUCCCGGGAGCUUGGUUUGUUCAUAGUUAUUUAUUAAUUCCAGAACCUUGAGUUUCUCUCGCUUGCGUGCGGGGGGGAAAAGAAAAAAAAACAACCAACCAAAUCACUUGUCCUGUACAUGCGCGUCCGUGUGUGCACAUACACGUGUGGGUGUGUAUAUGUAUCAAAAAUUAUAUAUACACACAGAUUUGGAGCUGGUUUAGUCAGACUCCGUGGUGCCUUUGCAGCAAAGCCGGUGUGAGUCAUAUGCAGUUGGAAGUAGGAUAGCUCUGACUCACGGGCUGCCCACCAGCUCCUCGCCAAAGAGAUGCCAGACAGCAGUUUUCCAUGAUGGAAAGCUGGGAAGCUGCGAGGUUUCCCCCAAGGGCUGCCAUCCACCUGGUGACGUCAAGGGUUUGCUCGUCAAGGGUUUUGCUCGCCCUGGUGACGUCAAGGGUCUGCCCCUUGAAUCAUCCUUCCCCUGUUUGCGGCGAGACCGGUGCCUGCCGUGCAGGGUUUGUUGUUCUUGCUGGGCCGUGCCUCUGCCGUGUCUGUGACCUGUUACACACCUUGCACACUUCAAAAGAAGAAAUUGAGAAAGUUGAGUUGUCUGUGCUAAGUGGGGGGGGAGGAAGGGAAGGAAUUUCUAGGGAUGUGCUUCCCACCCCAAAGCUGGGAUGGGCUAUAACCACUGUGUUACUGACCAUGUCACUGAACCAGAACUCCAGUGGUUCCAGGCUGCUCUCUGUCUGCAGAUUUGACAGGGCUCCCCUGCUCUGUGUGCCUGUGCUGCCCCAGCACUGCCAUUCCUGCUUUGGAACAGUGAGGUGGUGGUGGGAGCUGUUGGGACAGCCACAAAUCACUCCAUGGCAUCAGGGUAAGGGCUUGAGAAGUGGAAGCCCGGUCUGGGAGUGUCAGCAGUGACAGUACCCUGGAGAUGUUGCACAAAUGCCUUAGAGCUGUUAGGGGUGACUUAAAUUCAGCAGGAAAAAGUUGCCUUUCAGGUGUCCUUGUGCUGUGUGGGUGAUAUGGGGCUCUCCCGUGAAGGACUCUCAGGGGAGGUGGGGACUGCAGAGCUGAGCUUUGUGCAAGCCUGCUGAGUUAUCUUCCCAGCUAGUUACAGCAGCAAAGUGAGGCUGAUGGCACAGCCCCAGGAUGGGUUUGGCUUCUCGUGGUAGCAGAGACAAGAUCUGCAUUGAAAGAGAAUGCUGGGUUUUGAAACUUUUCAUAUGAAGCCGGUUUGCUUCGUGCUGUGCACUUGGGAAGUGCUUGCUUGGCUCUUGGUGGGAGGUGCAAACUCAAGGGACUGGUGAGCAUGGCCUUUUCCCAGGAUUGAUGCCUGUGCCACGGUGUUUCAGUGUCAGCAAGGGCUGUCACAUCUCCAGGGAGCUCUCACUGUACUGGCCUCUUGGUCAGCAAACAGCAAAGCAGCUUCAGUGGUGGGAGAAGAUUGAGUUUUCUGUGCUAAGGGAAGAAAAGAAAAGGGGAAUUUCCUAGGGAUGUGCUUCCCACCCCAUAGCUGGAAUGGGGUGUAACCACAGCAAGCUCAGCCUGGUGUGCCCAAGCAUGCAGUGGGGAGUACAGCAGAGGAAACCUGAGGACAGCCACUGUGUGUAGCAGGGGUGAAUUCUAAAUCCCUUGCGUGGUUUUUCAUGUUGUUUUGAAAGCUUUGCAUCCUUUGCAGGUUCCCCUUUCUCUGAGCAACCAUCCUACCAUGGCACAGGCAGGUUUUUUUCCAUCAGCAUUAACAGAUACCGCAGAAUUCCCAAAACCUGUUUUUUUCAACUCUGUCUGUGGACUGCAAACAAAAAUGUCUUCGGUGUCUUUUACCUCCUCACGUGGUUUUGUUACCGUGAGCUAUAAACUAGAUGUGAUUUCUGACAGAGCAGCCAGCUUGCCACAUUUUGCUUCAUAAAGGAUUCAGUGUCCCUCAUGUUACUGCCAAACAGCUCUCUGAAAGCAGGAGCCCCUCUGAGACCAGCAUCAGCUGGACCAAGGGUGCCCUACCCGUGAGAUGAUGACAGGAUGCUCCCUCGGAGCACUUCUGGUUCUGAGCCGUUACUCAAAGAGUCUUUGGUGUGUUUGGAGCGUCACACCCAGGCACUGUGAUCUCCUUUACCUCCCUGGUGCCCUCGUGGCCCUCCCCAGAUUAUUUUGCAUGUUUAUCCCUAAAACAGGUAUUUUGCCAGUGUGAGAGGGUCACACUGAUGAACUGAGCCAAGAUCUCUAGACCCUGAGACCCUUCCUGCUGACCACUAGACCAUCAAAAUGCACAGGCGUUGUGCAGUCUACCCUUACUGUUCCUUCAUCCUUCUCUUGUGGGAUGAGGGAUAAAUAGAGAUGGGGAGGAGGUCAGGACAUUGAGCUCUGGGCUGACCAGGCUUGUUUCUCCACCUUCACAAAGUAGAAAACAAUCUUCUCAUCUGAGACACUUUUUGCUUUGUUGCUCUUUUCUGCAACUGGUUUUUCACCAGGAAAAGUUCAGAGCGAUGUGAUUCGUGGUGACUUUGGGGUGGAAUGUGUUGUGGGAAGUGAGAUGUUGCUGUGCAGGUUCCUGGCAGUGUCAGGUUUUGGUGGUGAUGCUCUGUGACUGGGGGUGAAUUGGCACAAGGGAGGAUCCAUCACAUGCAUGAGCAAUGCUGGAUCUCUGCCUCUCCAUGGUACAGAGGUGUUUGUGGUCCUCGGGCACUCUGCUUCUUGGGAAUUACAGCAAGAGGACCAAGGCCAUCCCAUAAGGGGCUUUGGCUUUUCUAGAAAAAGAACUCUUAAUUCUCUUCACAAUGUUUUCUUGUUUGCAUGGAAAAAUCAAUGUAAACUUGGGGAAAAUUUUAUGGGCUUUCCUUCCAUUGUUCGAUUAGAACACUGUUGGCUCAUUCCCUCUUCUUUUUCUAAAUUCAGUAUUUACAGGAACUCUUGCACCCAAGCAAAAACGUGUGGGAAGAAGAGAGAUGAGCAGAGCUCCCUCCAAGUGUCCCUGGAGUCCUCAGUGAUCUUUCCUUAAUCCAUCUGAAAACUGUGAAGAUCCAAGUGCCGUGUCAGAAGGUCCAGCUUAAAACCAAUUCCUCGGGUGCUUUUAUCCUUGCAACUGGGGCAUGUUUUCAUCUGGGUCAGGUGCAGGGAGGGACAGGCAAAGUGCUGUAAUUCUGAGCCAUAGUCCAAGUGCCUUCAAUCUGUCCUCUAAGAAACUCUUCACUGUGAAUUACCUUGAUCAUCUGUCUUCAUUCCACGGGAGCAUCUCCGUGCUCAGUAGGUCUUAAGUCUCAGGAGUUUACACUUUUCAGGAGUGCCUUGUUUGGGGAUUUUAGAAGCUAAAGUCUCUGAAAUGUUUUUUUCUGCUCUUCAGUUUAAUUUUUUUAAUCUCCUUCUUUGGCUCUUGAUAGUGGUUCUUAAUUUGGCUCGUAGGAUUUUUUUGGAAGCCUUCCUUUGGUCCUGUAUGUGCUGGGAGAAAAUAGGUAACAACUGCAUGUUCCAGACCAUCUCUGAGUGCAGUCUUUGUGUUAGCUGGGGUGCAAAUCUCUUGAGUAUGUUCUGUUUUCCUUACUUUGGUUCAUGCAGUGAAAAUGAAGUUGGAAUGACACCUAGUGGCAAGCUGUGGUGUUGUCCAAACACAACCCUCUUCUAGCUACAUUCGCACUGUUUCUGGAUGAGAUGCUCUUACAAAGAGGAAUAGGGGGUUGGUUUGCUGGAUGAUGGUCUUGGACCUAGUCCUAGAUGUUCAUUAGCUGCCCUCUGUGGCACCUGAUCCCGAGGAACAGCAUUUCAGCCUCCAGAGGGAUGAGCAUGAGUCCACAAGCACCCGCUGGAAGGGAUGCAAGGCAUGUGCAGUCAACUCCCCCACUGUCGCCAGGAGAUGCUCACCAGCACCUGCCUUGGGGAGGCAUCUUGGGGGACACUGCAGGGAAGCAAAGCCUAAAGAUGCUGAGGCUGGAAUCAGUACAGAAUCCUGGAAUGAUUUAGGUUGAAAAGGACCUUAAAGCUCAUCUCAUUCCAACCCCCUGCCAUGGGCAGGGCCGCUGGACCAGGUUACUCCAAACCCCAUCCAACCUGGCCUUGAAUGCUUCCAGGGAUGGGGCACCCAAAGCCUCUCUGGGCAGUAAGUUUGGGACUUUCUCCCAUCUUGAGACACGGUGGAGCAGCUGAGGGUGUUACUUCUCAGAGUGUUCUGUUUCAGGGAAAUGCAGUUUUAAGAAGUAAAGGGAAUUAGGGUUGUUUGCCUUUUGGAACUUAGCAGUACUGUGUAAAACAAUCCCAUCCUUUUGUCCUGGGAGUUUGGCUGCUCUCUUUGGGGAGAGAAUUACAGCUUCAAAGAAUAUUGAUUCCUUGAUUUAUUUUUUUUUUUUGAGAGUUAUUGGAAAAGAAUGUGAAAAGGUCUUCCAGAAAUAGUGUUAGGGGCUCUACAGAUUCACAUCCAGAUUUUUGAGUGCAUAGUGGAUUUUUCUAUGCUUUUUGCUAAAACAGCAAUUACUGGUCCAUGUUUGAUUUGCUUCUCACCCUUCUCAGGCUUCUAAAAAAUUUCACAUGUCAACCCAGUGGUUGAAACCCCCCUUUCCUUCAAUGCAGAAGAAGUCUGUGCUAUUUAACACUGAGAUUGUGAUAGCAUCCAGAUGCUCCUGCCUCUUCCUGGUCUGCAUUGUUCUUGGAAGAGUACAGCCCUGCAUGAGGGAAAGCUUUAGAGCCUUGUGAGGAGCUUAAGCCCAGACAAAAGGGCUCAGACCUGCUGGCUUCAGUAGCAAUGUGGAAACCAGCUGCAGUGCAGGGCCUGUGUUACGUGUUUGUUUUGGAUGUGAUAAACCCUCAGACUCUUCACUCCUUUGGAAUCUGGAUAUUUUCUUCUUUUAGGUCAGAUUUUUCUGUCCUGAUAAUUUACAUUCUUUCUUAGACCCUGCUCUAUUUCUCAGUCCUGUUUUCUACCCAAGUGUUUGGCUAAUAGAGUCAGCUUUUAUCUAAUGCACAAACUGGAAUAGGGAUGAUGGUUCACUCUGCUACUGGGCAGCAGCUCUGGGUUUGGCUCUGCAGGAGCUGUGGUGAGUCUGGGGCAAGGUAGAAGCAUCCAUGGGAGAAGGCUCCCUUUGAGGACUUGCAGUGCAGGCUCAACUCAAUAUGAUCUUGUACCACGUAGGGCAACUAGUGUGUGGCUGUUACAGGCCUCUUGUGGUGCUGUGUGGGGCCAUGUUCUUAAUUUAAGUGAUGAUAUUAAAGAUUUGGAAGGUUUGAGGUGGCAUAAAUUAAAAAUCUCAAUUGUUUGACUUAAUUUUUUUUUCUAAAUGAUGCAGAGCAGCACAGAGAUGAGCUUUUUGGGAGGAGGAGUUGCAAACUUCUCUGGCAGCAGUGUGAGCCCUGGGACUUGCAGGGAGGGUGGUUUGUCCCAGCCUCUCACCCACUCGGCUUCCUCCUGGAAAAUACCACACAGUGCCUGCACCACUCGGUGCCACAGACCCAGCUCUGAGUUGCCUUCACCACUCCUGGGAGGGUUAUGGUGCUUUCUUUGACCACUCAGUCUCCUCUUUCAUCCUGCAUUAAGAACGCAGCUCUUGGGUGCUCCGGAGGCAGGUGCCAGCUGUGCCUUACUGUGCAGGAACCUUCCCAAAGGAAUAAAUGUGAAGCAGCAGGGAUGCAAUGGCGCCCUCGGUGUCCUGAGAGCAGAGGGAGCUCUGCCUGGGGACAGUUGUUCCUUCUCCCCUGUCCUCCCCUGCCUGGUAAUGCUGUAGGUCCCUCCUGUGUGACGGGCAAGCGUCUCGCUGCUGUUACAGGUGUCGUUGCACUGUUUGUCUGCUGAAUGUGGAAGAGAUCCUGGAACAGCUCCACGGCCCCAGCGAGGUGUGUUACAAACCAGCAGCUCCUGCCUGGACGCUCAGAUGCCUCAAGUUUUCCUGUUGCCUUUCACUACGGAAAGACACCUCCCGGGAAGCUCUCGGGAUCGGAGAUCUUCCGGCACUUGAUGUUAUUUUUGGUUGCCCAGUUUCCGGUGCUGGGUUGGAAUUGUUUGGAAGUAACUCCGGUCGUAUCCAGUCAGUCUCCUCAUGGGACUGUUUUGAGAAGUGUCCCGUUCUGUGACUUGCCUUUUGAGUCCUGGCUUUACUCUAGGGACUGUCGCGUUGGAUGAGAUUGGAAUCAUUGUAAUUAGUCCAUAAUGUUACAAUUAGAGUGUACAGAAUUAUUUAUUUGGUGUACUCAGUUUCCUAAAACAUGUCCAUGUAUUCUGUGUA